UUACUGACAACUCCAGAUCGAAGCUCAUCCUGGAGAACCCUUCAGCCGACGGCAUCCACUCAUCCGCAGGCUCCCCGAUCCGGUUCAUCGUAGAAAGGAAUUAAGCGGCCGGCCAUGGAUCUCGACCUGGCCAGCUGCAGCGAGAGCGAGGCGCUGUUCAAGUUCGCGGUGUUCGUGCUGGUGCAAGCGCUGGUGUACCUCAUCCUGUCCCAGUCCUCCGACGUCUUCUCCGGCGCCAGGAGCCUCAGCGGCUUCCGUCGCCCGGCGAGGUCCGUCAGCCUCCGUCGCAUGGUCACGCAGCUGCUCACGGAGACGCCGGCGGGUGGCGAGCCGUCGUCUCCGGCCGCCAGGCAGCGGGACGGGGGAUCCGACGGUGCCGGCGUGGACGUUGACCUGGAGAUGGAGCUUAUGUUAAUCGGUUGCUCCUUUUCAUCGUGAACUUCUUUACUUGGUGUGGGAUUCUUUUUUUCUUUUGAGGGGUGGUGUGGGAUUCUUAGAAUGUACUCUAAUCUCUAGGACUAAAUGGCCACUUCUCACGGCCUCCCGCGAGACAUGUUAUUAUUGAGAAACAGUAUAACGGGGCGAGCUAGGAGCCACCACAGCGAUUUGGCGUUCUCCACCGUCGGAUCACAGUCACAAACGUUUAGGAUUAUUGGUCGAUCAUCCCACUUCUAAUUAACGAGCUCGGCUUGAGUAACUGUCUCACGGGCCGCUGCUCCACGGAAUGAGCUCGGCUUCGCGUGGGUAAUCGGGCCGUAGAGGUUGAAGGCCCAUGAGGACCACUCGAUUCUUUCUUCCCUUCGUCGGUUUGUCCAAACGCCAGCUCUAUCCCGAGUUUCUCCCCUUCUCAAUGCUACGCCGCCGCCGCAUGUGUCCCGGAGGCGAG